CGCCGCAGCCGCCGCCUGGGCCGCCCCGUGUCCCCGGUGGAGCCGCCGCCGCCGCCGCCGCGAGCUCGAUGCGGACGGAGCCUGGGCCGGGCCAUGGGGAUCCUCAGCAUCACGGACCAGCCGCCCCUGGUCCAGGCCAUCUUUAGCCGAGAUGUGGAGGAAGUGCGUUCCCUCCUCUCGCAGAAGGAGAACAUCAAUGUGCUGGACCAAGAGAGACGAACCCCAUUGCAUGCUGCUGCCUACGUAGGCGAUGUCCCCAUCCUCCAGUUGCUACUGAUGUCAGGUGCUAAUGUAAAUGCUAAGGACACACUGUGGCUGACCCCUCUUCAUCGUGCUGCUGCCUCUCGAAAUGAGAAGGUGCUGGGGCUGCUGCUGGCUCAUUCAGCUGAUGUGAAUGCCCGGGACAAGCUGUGGCAAACACCACUGCAUGUGGCUGCUGCCAACCGGGCUACCAAGUGUGCUGAGGCUCUGGCACCCUUGUUGAGCAGCCUCAAUGUGGCCGACAGGAGUGGGCGCAGUGCACUGCACCAUGCAGUGCACAGUGGACAUCUUGAGACAGUGAACCUACUUCUCAACAAGGGAGCCAGCCUCAAUGUCUGUGACAAAAAGGAACGGCAGCCUCUGCACUGGGCCGCUUUUCUGGGACAUUUGGAAGUCCUGAAAUUGCUGGUGGCACGUGGAGCAGACCUUGGCUGUAAGGACCGAAAGGGCUAUGGGCUGCUCCACACAGCUGCGGCCAGUGGCCAGAUUGAAGUGGUGAAGUACCUGCUCCGGAUGGGGGCUGAGAUCGAUGAGCCCAAUGCUUUUGGAAACACAGCUUUGCACAUCGCCUGCUACCUGGGCCAGGAUGCUGUGGCUAUAGAGCUGGUGAAUGCCGGAGCCAAUGUCAAUCAGCCAAAUGACAAGGGCUUUACACCAUUACAUGUGGCUGCAGUUUCCACCAAUGGCGCUCUCUGCUUAGAGUUAUUGGUCAACAAUGGGGCUGAUGUCAACUACCAGAGCAAAGAAGGGAAAAGCCCUCUGCACAUGGCUGCCAUCCAUGGCCGUUUCACACGCUCCCAGAUCCUCAUCCAGAAUGGUAGCGAGAUUGACUGUGCGGACAAAUUUGGGAACACGCCCCUGCAUGUGGCUGCUCGCUAUGGGCACGAGCUCCUCAUCAGCACACUCAUGACCAAUGGCGCAGACACCGCCCGGCGCGGCAUCCAUGACAUGUUUCCCCUGCACUUAGCUGUUCUCUUUGGAUUCUCUGACUGUUGCCGGAAGCUUCUUUCCUCAGGUCAGUUGUACAGCAUCGUGUCUUCACUCAGCAAUGAGCACGUGCUUUCUGCUGGAUUUGACAUCAACACCCCUGACAACCUUGGCCGCACCUGUCUUCAUGCUGCUGCUUCCGGAGGAAAUGUUGAAUGUCUUAAUUUGCUGUUGAGCAGUGGAGCUGACCUGAGAAGGAGAGACAAAUUUGGAAGGACUCCACUGCACUAUGCAGCUGCCAACGGUAGCUACCAGUGUGCUGUGACACUGGUGACUGCUGGGGCAGGUGUCAAUGAGGCUGACUGUAAAGGCUGCUCUCCCCUCCACUAUGCUGCGGCCUCUGACACGUACCGGAGAGCGGAACCCCACACUGCUUCCAGCCAUGAUGCUGAAGAGGACGAGCCACUGAAGGAGUCCCGUAGGAAGGAGGCUUUCUUCUGUCUGGAGUUCUUACUGGAUAAUGGUGCAGAUCCCUCCCUGCGGGACAGGCAGGGCUACACAGCUGUGCACUAUGCAGCCGCUUAUGGCAACAGACAGAACCUUGAACUGCUCUUAGAAAUGUCCUUUAACUGCCUGGAGGAUGUGGAGAGCACCAUUCCAGUCAGCCCUUUGCACUUAGCUGCCUACAACGGUCACUGUGAAGCCCUGAAGACACUGGCUGAGACGCUGGUGAAUCUGGAUGUAAGGGACCACAAGGGCCGGACCGCGCUCUUCCUGGCCACUGAGCGAGGCUCUACUGAGUGUGUGGAGGUGCUUACGGCCCAUGGCGCCUCUGCCCUCAUCAAGGAGCGCAAGCGCAAGUGGACACCCCUACACGCUGCUGCGGCCUCUGGCCACACUGAUUCCCUGCAUUUGCUGAUCGAUAGUGGGGAACGAGCCGACAUCACAGAUGUCAUGGAUGCCUAUGGACAAACCCCACUGAUGCUGGCCAUCAUGAAUGGCCACGUGGACUGUGUACAUCUGCUGCUAGAGAAAGGAUCCACAGCUGAUGCUGCUGACCUUCGGGGCCGCACCGCCCUCCACCGUGGGGCAGUGACUGGCUGUGAGGACUGCCUGGCUGCCCUGCUGGACCAUGAUGCAUUUGUGUUGUGCCGAGACUUUAAGGGUCGCACGCCCAUUCACCUGGCCUCAGCCUGUGGCCACACUGCAGUCCUGCGGACCCUGCUGCAGGCUGCCCUUUCCACAGACCCCUUGGAUGCUGGGGUGGAUUACAGCGGAUAUUCACCCAUGCACUGGGCCUCCUACACUGGACAUGAAGAUUGUCUGGAGUUGUUACUUGAACACAGCCCAUUCUCAUACCUGGAGGGAAACCCCUUCACUCCUUUGCACUGUGCAGUAAUUAAUAACCAGGACAGCACCACAGAGAUGUUGCUGGGAGCUCUGGGUGACAAGAUUGUGAACAGCCGAGACGCCAAAGGACGGACCCCCCUUCACGCCGCUGCCUUCGCGGAUAAUGUCUCUGGGCUCCGGAUGCUGCUGCAGCAUCAAGCUGAGGUGAACGCCACUGACCACACUGGCCGCACUGCACUCAUGACGGCGGCUGAGAACGGGCAGACCGCUGCUGUGGAAUUUCUGCUGUAUCGAGGGAAGGCAGACCUGACUGUGCUGGAUGAGAACAAGAACACUGCCCUCCAUUUGGCUUGUAGCAAGGGCCAUGAAAAAUGUGCCCUCAUGAUCCUGGCAGAAACCCAAGACCUUGGCCUUAUCAAUGCCACCAACAGUGCGCUGCAGAUGCCACUCCACAUUGCUGCCCGGAAUGGUCUAGCUUCUGUGGUGCAGGCCCUCCUGAGUCGUGGGGCCACAGUGCUGGCUGUGGAUGAAGAAGGUCACACCCCAGCACUGGCCUGCGCUCCCAACAAAGAUGUGGCAGACUGCCUGGCCUUGAUCCUUUCCACCAUGAAGCCUUUCCCACCCAAGGACGCCGUCAGUCCUUUCAGCUUCAGCCUGCUCAAGAACUGCGGCAUCGCAGCCGCCAAGACGGUGGGUGGCUGUGGCGCCUUGCCCCACGGGGCCUCCUGCCCCUACAGCCAGGAGCGGCACGGUGCCAUUGGGUUAGAUGGCUGCUACUCUGAGUAGCCCCCUCCAGUGUCCCUCUCCCUGCCGGUGGCUUGAUAUUAUUCUAUUUAUUUAGAAAAAGUCUACACAUUUAGGGCACUUUAAAGGAGAACACGACUGGGUGGCGGGGCAGAGGGGGGAAGGAAGCACUGGGGAGCAGCUGCUCACCCCUUUGCCACACCAUCCUGGCCUGGCAGGGGUCUGGGACCGACAGGGAGCACCCCAGGCCCUUGGUACCCCAGGGCAACCCUUUCUGCCAAGUGUCCCAAAAUGAUUGCUAAAUGCCUGGCUCCCUCUCUCUUUGACUCCAUCUCUCAGUUCCCCUUUCUGCUACCAGCUCCCCCUCCUCCUUCCUUCUGACUCUCCUCUGUGCCCCCCCCCCUUCUCCCUGCCCCUACUGCCAGGCAGACCCCUCCUCUUCUUCCAUACCCAUCACUGCCUCCCUGCUCGGCUGGCCCCUCCAUCCCCGCAGCAGUGAGAAGCCUUAAUUUCUGGUACUGUGUGAGCACUCUGGGGUGUCCCCCUCCCCCUUCAGGGGCAGCUAGAGGAUGAAGGGGGAGGGUAUUUAGCACUGGGGCCUGGAACUUUCCCCCUACUCUUUACCCUAUCACCCCUAAAGUUCAAAUGCAAAACACUUGAAGCAGCAACUACUGUACCUGGGCCCCAAUCCUGCACUCUCCCCUGGCUCCUCAUAUGCAAAUCAAGGGCUGGUUCUGCCCCCACAGCCUGCCCCACCUCCCACCUCCUGACCUGGCCCCUAACCACGCACUUUAACCUUGCUUCUUUCUUUUAAUUUCUUUUGGAAGAACAGAGCCUGUGGCCAUUCCCUCCCCGGCUCUCUUCUCCCUGAACUUUGAGGCUUGUCAUGAAUUUUUAAGUACGCAUUUUAUUCUUUAGGGGAAGAAACAAAUUAAUUUCCUGCCCAUUUCAAAACCACAGCCCUAGUAUGUCCUCUGUGUUUCAGGCAUGUGCUUGCAUGUGUGUGGAGGGAGGGACCGCGUUCUUCCUCUUGUGUCCCCAAGUCCCUGGGUUCCUCUAUGCCCUUUGUCUGCCUCUGCCUUCCUUCAUGUUGGAGAGUACCCACUGCCCCAGUCACUCCUGAUCUGAAGCCAAAGACGGUGGGAGGGGCAGGGGCAGACUAGGGACCAAGGCUGCUCUUUAGGAAAGCAGGCCUUCCUCCAGUGUGAGGAGAAAGUUCUGGUCAAGGGAGCUACAGGCAGACACUGGAGCUCAGUCCCCUGCCUCCCAGCACAGGGGGAAAUGGGAUUGAGUAGGGGCUGCACUGAUAAGAUUCCUCGAACUUGUACCCCAAAAGCCAAACUGGGCUGGAGUGAGGAGGGGCAGUGUUUUCUCUAAAUGUAGCACUGCAUCUGGCCCUGGUCCCUUCAGAUGCCCUGUCCAACCAUCUUGGUGAGCCUCUGCCCCAAUUGGACCUACUCGUGUAGCCCAGUGUCCCUUCCUCACACUCAAUACCUCAGCCAGGGGCCAAGACACAGAACUUGAAUAGAGGUCCUGCCCCUCCAUCCUGCAGUGCAUCCUCGCCCAGUUUGGCUGUCAUCAGUAUUGUCCCUCAAGAACUGGACAGGCUUCGUUUACACAGUAUAGGGACUCCCCUGUGGGAGCCCUCAGUCCCUUUCCCCCACCCGAGCUUGCUUUAUUCACUUCCUUACCCAUUUUUCCAGUUGUGUCUCCUGAAUGUCUCGCCACCCUUGCCAUGGGUGAGCUGAGGGGAGAGGGGCUGUCCCAGGGCUCCCUCCCUCCCUCCAGAUCCCCUGCACCAUACCUCAUGCUGGUUCCCUGAAGCCUGGGGCAUUUGUCCAAGUCCUUACUCCUUUUCACAGUCCCUCCUUAUCUCUGUGUCUUGCUUCUUCAACCUUUAGAUCCUAAACCAUUUCAAGGCUUCCAAAUGACCAUUAUUGGUGAGAAGGAUUGUGCAGCUUUUAGUUUUUAUUUUUGUUUUCAAAGCCAAAGGGCCUUGGAUGCCCCCUCUUGCCCGUCUCCCUCCCCCACUUCAUCCUUUGCCCUCCCCUAUACGACAAUCAAUGUGACCUCUCUUAAGGGCUGCUGCCCCCACCCCCAUCCUGCUGGUUCUGCAAAGCUUGUCCCCAAUUUCAAUUCUCUUUCCUAGAUCCUCCCAGUUCCCACCCCCUCCCUCUCAUUUUGGUGCUGGGAAUUAGGUGGUGGGGGGCGGGGGCCCAGGGAGUGGGGAGACAGGUCUUCCGGGAAUGAGUCCGGGGGUAUCAGUCGUGUUCUCUUUUAUCAAUGCUUCGUGAUGACAGGAAGAGUAUGAGUAUGUCAGGAGCCCCAUUGUUUUGCUUUGCUAGAUGAGAUUUCUGGUGGCUGUCGGUACCCUGCUGUCCUGGGCACACUGUCAUCAGUGCCCGGAAGACGGCAGGGAGUCAGUCCUCUGUCCCUCCUCACUGGCAUGGCUGUGAGGAGCCCUGGAGGGCCAGCAGCCUCCUCUCCUUAUGCCAAAGGAAAUCCCGCACCUCACCCCGGGCUCCCCAGCCCUUAGUGUUUUUUGAAGCAUUUUGACCAUUCUCAUGGCCACUGCAUAUUUAUUUUAAUGUUAAGAGUUUUUUUUUGUUUUGUUUUGUUUUGUUUUGAAACCUCUUUGACUUAAACGGGUGUGGAGAAGUAAAACAGGCAGAAUGCCCCCCAAUCUUAAGGGGGUCGGGUGGGGAGGAAAUGCCUCCUUCCCUUCACCCUCCCCGUCUCCCCUCCCCACCGCAGCUCUAAAGCACUUGCUUCAAGUAAUAAGCACUUUUAUGAAAAGGCCUAUUUUUAAGUGAGGACCCUGGGAGCAGCCCAGGUGCCGAGCAAAGGAGACAGAGCGAGGGCUACAUAGGAGACAGGGAAACAGACGUGCGGAGCAGAGGGCGAGAUGACGAGAGCCAGUUUUUAAGUUUCUGAUUUUUGGGGGGAUGUUUCUGAUCGGGUGGUGGCUUUGGUAAGGUUGUGUACUCUGCUUCAGAAAAACGAACGGCACCAACUGUGGGUCCCAGAAUGGACCUCCAGCCAUGGGCCGCUGCCACUGUCCACCUGAGAUUGAUGGGCCACCUCCCCCACCCCGUGGCCCCCUGAGCCAUAGGACUGCUGAAAACCACUGAAUGUACAGCCCAGGUUGGGGUGGGGAGCGGCCCCUGGGGGAGGUGCUGCUUUUGUUUGGUGCUGUGGGGGGUGGGAGAGAUGAGACUGAGGGACUGCCACCCCACGUAGACAUGUGUUCCUUGGGGUGGAGGGGCUGAGGAGGGCUUGCCUCCCUCUCCAACCCCAGCCAUGGCCCCUCUUCCUUCCUCACCCCUAUCCGUUUUGACUGUAAGUCCAGCUCACCUUUGCCUUCAAUAUGUAACCAAAGGAAAACUCAA